GCAAUAUCUAGCAUCUGGAGUCUCCUAAGAGCACACCGUUAUGGCAGGCAGUAUUCUAAUCACUGGGGCCAAUGGUAGCCUCGCCAUUCCAGCUGUAGAACAUCUGCUUAGGAACUACCCAGACCAUACGGCACUCUUAACAGUUCGGGAUCCUUCGGAUACCGACCCCAAUACGAACAAGUUGCGACAAGUAAUAUCGCGAUAUCCAGGGGCAAGGGCAUUCAUUUAUAAACUCGACUUAACGAGUCUUUCCGACACGCAUCAAUUCGCGAACAGGCUUUCUCAAGAUAUAAAGACCGAGAAAACUUCGCCACUAAAGAGUAUCUUAUGCAAUGCAUGCUACUGGGAUCUUGUCGCUGAUUCUGAGCUCACGGAGGAUGGAUACGACAAAACUUUCCAGACAAAUCAUAUAUCCCAUGUGGCCCUGGUGCUUGGGCUUCUCGACAGGUUUGCACCCGAUGGCGGCCGCAUCGUGUUGUUCUCCAGCGAAGCUCACAGUCCCGGUAGAGCUAUAUUAGAGAAGAUACCGCCUGCAAUCCCCGAUGACCUCGAUUUACUCAUUAAACCAACUGUACAUGCCGAUAAGGGUGCGGCUGGAUUCCACAGAUACGGGAAUUCUAAGCUUGUCAUCACGUCCUGGACGCACGCGUUUAAUAGAUACCUAGAAAAGAAUCCCAGUCUUCAAAACAUUACAGCUGUAGCCUAUAACCCGGGUGGUCUUGUAGAUUCGCGUAUAUUCGACAAGAACACGUCUCUAGCAUUGAGUCUCCUAGUGCGAUACAUCGUACAACCAUUAUUACCAUUGAUGCGGUAUGCAAACCCACAAAUGCGACUGGGAGCUGAGUCUGCCGUAGACGCUAUUGAGCUUGCCCUCGAUCAUGUAUAUCCGGGUGAAAGGGGAUAUUUUGAAUUAUUACAGAAGGAUGAAAGCUCGCCAGAAAGCCGAGAUGAAGUUAAGCAGGAGAGACUAUGGGUCAAAAGCGCCGAGUGGGCAAAGAUAAACAAAGAGAAUACGGCUCUUCAUUCAGCGUUCAAGUAGCCAUUUAUUGUAGUUCUAGAAUAUAACAUCGCCUAUUAGUGUUCCUAGGUUGAACUCAAAGUUGAGUAAGGG